AUGGCUGGCUCCACACGAAACAUCGAUGAUGACUGCUCCCAGGCAAAAGGCGAUACAAGCUACCAUGGUGGAAGUCCCGACGUCCUCCGCGCUUCGUCCGGAAAUAUGCACCAUCACGGCGCGCCUUACAAAGCGAAGAACAGGAGGUUUUACGUCGUACAUACACUAUCACAAGGUACAAAGAUGACAUGA